CAGCGCAGCCAGCAAGUUGACAUCCCUGAACCUGCGACCAGCCUAGCGCCAAAAUCGCCAAGGUGGCCUUGAAUCCCUGAAGCAGCCCCGAAAAGGAACUCCACACGAAAUCUGGCAUCUCGACGACGACGACGACGACGACCACGCGGCCACACGACCACAUUAUUUAGGCACCAUGUUUCUACGAACGGCAGCAAAGCUGCUGGUCUCGGCCGGCUUGCUGCUGAGCUCGGCAGUAGCACACAACAUCGCGCUCCCGGCGCACGGGCGCGAAUGCUUUCACGAGACUCUGCACCGCGGCGACAAGAUGACGGUGACCUUCCAGGUCGGCGACCGGGAGUUUGGCAGUGCUGGCAACCUCGACAUUGAUUUCUGGAUCACCAACCCGAUCGGCCAGUACGAAGCCAACGACAAGGCGGUCUCGAACGGCGACUUCACGUUCGACGCCAAGCACGACGGCAAGUACGUGUACUGCUUCGGCAACGAGCACUGGGGCGCGGCGUCCAAGGAGGUGUCGUUCAACGUGCACGGCGUCGUGUACGUGAACGAGGCGGACGCGCCGCAGGACCCGCUCGAGGUCGAGGUCCGCAAGCUGUCGGAGCUGCUGGAGCUGGUCAAGGACGAGCAGAGCUACAUCGUCGUGCGCGAGCGCACCCACCGCAACACCGCCGAGAGCACCAACAGCCGCGUCAAGUGGUGGAACAUGUUUGUCAUUGGCGUCGUUAUCGGCGAGAGCGUCUUCCAGGUCUGGUGGCUGCGGAGGUUCUUUGAGGUCAAGCGGGUUGUCUAAUCGACGACUUUCCAUAUUUGUUUGCAUUGCCUGUGCAAAGUGAUAUCAGCGAGGUUGGCGUGGGAUCGGGGGGCGAUUUGAAGGGUAAAAGGGACGAGGUGUUUCUGUUUGGCGUCUUGGAUCAAGCAUGCACCAUCCGCCGUGUACGGGUCUGUACCAUCAAUACCUACAUGAAAAAGGGCCGGAGGCAUCGCCUCGUAGACGGCACGCUACGAUAAUACGAUCAUCUACGAUUUGACUCUCUC